GUGCCUGGGCAGGAAGUGGUGAGUGAAUUCCUGACAGCAGUAAGUGAGCCCAGAGGACAAAGGGCACAGUGGUUCCACGCCAGAUAAACCCGGGUCUCGUCCCACGGCCCUGAGCACAAGCUGUGUGACCUCGUGUGACGCUGAGCCUCUGCCUUCUCCCCUGAACGGUUCCCACUCCGGGGCCCAGAAGGGAGCACCACAGGGCAGCGACCCGGCCCCCACAGGGAACGGUGCCUUGCCACCUCUUCUCAAGCCCCGGACUGGCCCGCCAUGGUGUGCGGCUCUUCCUGGCUGGGGUCGGGGUGACAAGGUGUGACCCACAGGUGGUGACUGAGAACACGAGAGAGCACCAUGGCCAGCCCCAGAACGAGGAAAGUUCUGAAAGACGUCCGAGUGCAGGAUGAGAACAACGUGUGUUUCGAGUGUGGUGCCUUCAACCCUCAGUGGGUCAGCGUGACCUAUGGCAUCUGGAUCUGCUUGGAGUGCUCAGGGAAGCACCGCGGGCUUGGGGUGCACCUCAGCUUUGUGCGCUCUGUGACCAUGGACAAGUGGAAGGACGUGGAGCUGGAGAAGAUGAAAGCCGGAGGGAAUGCGAAAUUCCGGGAGUUCCUGGAGUCUCAGGAGGACUACGACCCCUGCUGGUCCCUGCAGGACAAGUACAACAGCAAGGCCGCGGCACUCUUUAGGGACAAGGUGGCCACUCUGGCUGAAGGCAAAGAAUGGUCUCUUGAGUCCUCGCCUGCCCAGAACUGGACCCCACCGCGACCCAAGACGCUGCCGUCCACUGCCCACCGAGCCCCUGGCCACGCGCAGAACUCGACCUCCUCCUCAGACAAGGCGUUUGAAGACUGGCUUAACGAUGACCUGGGCUCCUAUCAGGGGGCCCAGGAGAACCGCUACGUGGGGUUUGGGAACACGGUGCCGCCCCCAAAGAGGGAAGAGGACUUCCUCAGCAGCGCUGUGUCAUCCCUGUGCUCGGGCUGGAGCAGUUUCACCACCGGAGCCAGCAAGUUUGCCUCCGCCGCUAAGGAGGGGGCAAGCAGAUUUGGAUCUCAAGCAAGUCAGAAGUUCUGGGGCUCCAAGCAGCAGCCCGAGCUGGCUUCAGAGCUGGGCCAGAGUCUGAACGAGAACGUCCUCAAACCUGCGCAGGAGAAGGUGAAAGAGGGGAGGCUUUUUGACGAUGUGUCCAGUGGGGUCUCUCAGCUGGCGUCCAAGGUCCAGGGGGUAGGCAGCAGGGGAUGGCGGGACGUCACCACUUUUUUUUCUGGGAGAGCAGAGGACCCUUCAGACAGACCCCUGGAGGGCCAGAGCUACCAGAACAGCGGUGGGGACCACGCCCUGAACCGCACCGUGGACCAGAGCUUCUGGGAGACCUUCGGGAGUGCCGAAUCCACCAAGGGCCACAGGUCCCCAAGCAGCGACAGCUGGACAUGCGCGGACACCUCUGCCGAGAAGAGGAGCUCGGACAGCUGGGACGUGUGGGGCUCGGGCUCUGCGCCCACCAAUAAGAACAGUGACCACAGUGAUCUCGGGGAGGCCUGGGGGGGCAGCGGGGAGGGCAGAGCCAAGACCGCCAAGACCACACCGCCCGUCAUGACAGUGGACGAGGGCUGGGACAACCAGGACUGGUAGGCCUGCGGCGCCCCAGCCCCUGCGUCUGCACGUUGCCCCACUUCCUCCCGUCGGACCCCAGAAACCAGCCGUCGCGUGAAGAAGCACUUGGGUGGGACCUGUGGGGGUUGGGGGGAGGGUGCCAGCUCGCACGGACACCGGCCUUGCAAGGCCACGGUGCUGCGGAGGCCUUGUGCUGCCCCGCGGUCCGUGUCCCAGCUCCCCUGCGGAAGCCUGGCCGGGGUGUCACGGGGUGGGGGCCGGGUCUGCUCCUAAGCCAUUGCUCCCGCGACGCUCUCCCUAAUAAACGCUCCGAGUGGCCGCCGCGCA